CCCACUUGCUCAAGACGCGUCCAAGAUGGCACCUCGCGUAAUGAUCUGCGGUGAUAUCGUCUGGGCACACGACGAAAUGAGGGAGCUCUUCGAUGGCGUUGCGGAUGUGGUUCGAAUGGACUCAUCCAACCGCGCAGACUUUUUAUCAGGAUUCGGCCUCGGGGGAAAGUACGAAGGCACCGUCGCCGUAUACCGCCACAAUUCAUCUGCAGAGAGGAUCGGUGUCUUCGAUGAACAGAUCGUCGAUGCACUAGCACCGACCGUCAAGUGGAUCGCACACAAUGGCGCUGGAUACGAUCAGAUUGAUGUCGUUGCAUGCAAGGCGCGAGGUAUCAUCGUUUCAAAUACGCCUGGGGCAGUCGACGAUGCAACUGCUACGACCGCCCUGUAUCUGAUGAUUUCCGCGCUUCGCCAGUUCGCGAAGGCCGAACGCAACUUGCGGUCUGAUAACUGGAAAUCUGGGCUCUCAUCUGCUGUCCAGCACGAUCUCACAGGUCGGACACUGGCGGUACUCGGGCUUGGUGGUAUUGGAUUCCGGCUCGCAGAGCUCGCGCGCGCGUUUCCGAUGCGCAUCAUCUACCAUUCACGUUCGCGCGUCGCGGACGCGCCGGAGUGGUGUGAAUACUUUAGCUUGGACAGGCUCAACGAGUUUCUGGGCCUUGCGGAUGUGCUGAGCGUACACGUACCCCUACGAAAGGAGACAGAGGGCCUCGUCGGGGAAGAGAUGAUCAGAAAGCUGAAGAAGGGUUCUAUCAUCGUGAACACCGCACGAGGAAAGGUGAUAGAUGAGGCGGCGAUGAUCAGGGCGCUCGAAGAUGGCCAUCUCGGUGCUGUUGGAUUGGACGUAUUCCCUGACGAGCCCGUCGUAAACCCGCGCCUUCUCGACUUUCCGAAUGCGACGCUGCUCCCUCACAUGGGAACUGAGACGCAAGACUCGCAGCGCAAGAUGGAGGUCCGCGCGCUCACGAACAUCAAAGAUUACUUCUCAAAAGGCAAAGGAUCGGACGUUGUGCCAGAGCUAACAGAGCUGGCAGCGAAGUUAUGAGUAAAACGCAGAAUCGCAAGUCUUAAUGUAGCCAAUAUCAUCUUUUUCCAUGUUC